GCGUGGAAUUCACGGCUCCAGAGCAGUCAAGAGUGAAACGUUGUUUGUCCAAUCACUGGUCCAGUAAAUCGAGCAAAGCAGUAACGUAUCUCUUUUCACAACUGCCGGGCGGGAUUUCCGCAAUUGCUAAUAAUAUGGCGAAGACUUACGAUUACUUGUUUAAACUACUGUUAAUCGGCGAUUCUGGCGUCGGAAAGACGUGUGUGUUGUUCAGGUUUUCAGAAGAUGCCUUCAACUCAACAUUUAUCUCCACAAUAGGUAUUGACUUUAAAAUUAGAACUGUAGAACUAGAUGGUAAGAAGAUCAAGCUACAGAUAUGGGACACAGCUGGCCAGGAGCGGUUUCGAACAAUCACAACGGCAUACUACAGAGGAGCCAUGGGCAUCAUGUUGGUCUAUGACAUCACCAAUGAGAAGUCAUUUGACAACAUCAAAAACUGGAUAAGGAAUAUAGAGGAGCAUGCCUCUGCUGACGUGGAGAAGAUGGUUCUGGGAAACAAGUGUGACGUCAAUGACAAGCGACAGGUGUCCAAAGACAGAGGGGAGCAGUUGUCGUUGGAGUACGGUAUCAAGUUUAUGGAGACCAGUGCAAAGGCCAAUAUCAACGUGGAGAAUGCAUUUAUGACCCUUGCCAGAGACAUCAAGGCAAAAAUGGACAAGAAACUGGAGGGCAACAAUCCUCAGGGCAGCAGUCAUGGUGUGAAGAUCACAGAACAGCCCAAGAAGAGCAGUUUCUUCCGCUGCACCCUCCUGUGAGGACAACGAUCUUAUUGUCCACAGCUGGACAGAACUGGACUGGGCUUGCUCAGAGCUUUCCUCUUUCGCCCUGUUCUCAUCCCUCUCAUUCCCGAUAUCCCAGGCCUCUUUGGGCUUUGUUUUUUUUUCUGCUUCACCAUGUGCCCCCAGUUUACAAACGGUAGCUUUCAUUGGUCAGGUGGAUAAUCAGUGUUGUUGGAUGGGCGUUAGAUUUAGGUCUCUAUACCAGGCACUCUUCUGUACCAUCAUGCUCUUAUAUCGUCUCUCGUAAUUACACUUAGGUUGCUGCUCACCCUCUCAUCUCUCUCUGUUCUCUGCAACGGUUGUCACAGAUACUGUAUGUUGCUCUGUGGUCGCACUACUGCCAAAGUUGAUCCUUAGUGAGGUUUUGUCUCAACAUGGAUUGACCUUAUCCUUAAAAGUAGUGGCUUAAUUCCAUGAUAAGACUAGUUAACCAUCAUACAUCUGACAUCUUCUGUGAGAUUGUUGAAUUCUGCUUCAUCUAGCUACUAUGGAGAUUUAUUCCAAUGUGUCAUCUAUGCAUCCCUGUUUUUCCUUUCUCAAAUUAGUUAUCUGUAUUCUACCUUAAAUCCCCUUUUGCCAUCCAACAAAUUAUAGACAAGAAAGCCACUUAUUUCCUUAAGAUAAUACUUUAGAUAAUAUAAUACAUUUCUGAAGUGUUAGUCUUACAAUGUUAACAGUAAAGACAUACCAUCUUAACGACAUACCUGAAAAUGUGCAUCUGUGUUCAGCAUUUACCAUUAUGCAGUUCAGAUAAUUUUUAUGCACAAGGUUUGCAAUGAUUUAUAAACUAUAUAUUUGAGUGUUAGAACAAUUUUAUGUGCCGGUAACUGGACAUUGAGUUGAACCCUGUUUUACUGUGUACUCUUGCACUUUAGUAGUGAAAUUGGCUGCACAUCUUGCAAUUUGCAAAAGCAUGUCUUAUUCCAGUCCCUUGUAUGGAAGUAUAGGAAUGUCAGUAUUCAUUAGAACUAUUACAUUCCAGAACUUGUUCCAGAGGCUAUAAGUAAAAAUAAUCUGUUCCACAAUAACAUCAGUCUAGUUAGGAAAUGAAUUGCAAUCUAACAAAUGAAUGCAUACGUUUACCACAUUUUUAGUUUUGGCAUUCAAAAUGUGUUUUAGUCUUAUACCACUCCACCAAAACAGUGCGAGUACCUCAUUGCCCCAAAUAUUCAUGUUAUGUAUGAUGUAGAUACCACUGAAAUAGAGAUAUAGUCCUUUGGGUGGUAAUUACUUGAUUUCAUUUUUAACGUCUUAUGCACCCGUUUCAAAUUCCAGCCUCUCAGCCUAUUCCUUUUUUUUUUUACUGGUUGUUUUAAUUGUGAUACUGUAAUACCGUGCAGGUUUGUGUGGCCUUUGACUUUUGUAAGCUGUUUUCAUGCUUGUCAGUAUUUUUGAUGGAAAAUUAGUGACAAUUGCGCCAAAGUAGGCUGCCUUGAUAGUUGUUUGGUAGGCCUAUAUUACUAGUCAAAUGUGAUUUUAUAAGAACUCAAUUGAAUAAUGUCAACCUACUGUAUGGUGAAACAAAUGCCAUGAAUAUUAAUUUCCAGGUUUAUUACUAUGUUCUCCUUUUUUCUUUUAUCAAUAUGCUGUGACAUUCCAGUUCCCUAGAGAACCAUUCCUGCUGCUUCUUUAGGGAAAAGGCUACACGGACACUCCUGACCAAUUUAAGAAUUGGUUAAAAUUAGGUUAGGGUUAAUCAAUCAAAUGUAUUUAUUUAUAAAUCCUUUUUUACCUAAGCAGAUGUCAAAGUGGUUAUACAGAAAACCCAGCCUAAAACUGCAAACAAUACAGAUGUAGAAGCGUGGUAGCUAUGAAAAACUCCCUAAAAAUAUCAGAAACCUAGAGAGGAACCAGGCUCUGCGGGAUGUCCAGUCCUCUUCUGGCUGGGCCGGGUGGAGAUUAUAUGAAUGCAUGGCCGUUAAGGUAAGGGUCAGUUUCAGUUUCUGGUUAGUCAUUUUGAAGGUCACCAGUGUCCUUAUAGCCUCUCCCCUUCUUUAGUCAAGAGCGGUAGCUAUGCGUUUGUCCUAAUUUAACUCCAAGGCCCAAAUGUUGGUGUGCCAGUAUUAAGACCACAAUCUAUUUUGGGGUGUUUUGAGUUGAAGGUAUUUGCAUUGCAUACUGUAUUCGAAGCAAGAUAUCGGCAUACCACUGUAGUGACAUGGCAAUGGACUAAAAUGUUACAAGCAAGAGAACGUGUAGUCUGAGAAAAAAAUAACAUCCAAGUAUGAAAGUGCCCUUGUAGAAAGCCUGCUCUUGAUUAUGCACUUUUCAAUAAUUCUCCAUUGUCAUGAAAGACCAAAUGAUUUACAAUGAACGAGUUGCGAUAUUCUACAGUACAGUCCCUAACCUCGACUUAAUUUAAGUCGCCUUCAGUGUGACAAUGUUAAAUGGAUGCCUGAAGGCUGGAGGAAAGUGACUUUUCAUAUUGGAUUUAGAAUUUAGUUUUUGUUCUCGUCUAUCCUUCCCUCUGAGCUUGCCCCUGUCCAUCACAACAGAAGUGGCUUAUUUUCACCUGAGGCUUGAUAUCAUGGGCUUUGGAACUAUUCAUCAUGAGACUGUUGGACCUCUUAAGGCUUUUAAUAUUUGACUUGAAGAAGAGCUUCUCUUUGAGAUUAGAAAUGUGCAAAGGAUCAUUCUUGUCUAGCUUUCUGUUCUUAUACUUAUUUUUGUCACCUUGAACUUGCUUUUCUCAAUGCAAAUCUAUAGGGAAUGGAGCACAUGUUAAAUCAUAGCAAAGGAACAAAAGUGACUUCCCCAUGAAUUAUCACAAAUGGUUUCUCUAGUUGUGACAAUGAAGUAAAUUGCCAUUGAAUUAUUUUAUAUGUACUCUUGUGUAAAACACCACAUGGGUGGGGCACAGUCAGUUUGUCGGACUGUUGUAUCUUUUAGGUUCUUUACGAAGGUCUGGCAAAUGUUUAAUCAGAAUACUAGUUAUUAUGAAGGUUUAUUUUCCUUCUGGUGGAACUAUUUGUACAUAUUUCCGUUUAUAAAUUACUUUUUUCUUUGAACAUAUCAUUAGCAUUCAAUGUUCAAGACUAUUUGGAUUUCAUAGUUGAUUAUGGGUUAAAUGGAGGAGACAAUCGCAUUUUGAAAACAAUUGUAAAUAAGAAAAAUACAUUUUACUGUUAACUACUUUCAUAAAUCUUGUUGAAUUGAUCUACAUGUUUGUAGAUGUGUACUUUUUUUGAUUUAUUAAAAUGAGAUUAUUUUAA